AGGAACAAGAGGAGGAUCAUGCGCAUAUUCACGCUGCCCGCCGCGGCGGACACGCCGCCCGAGCCCAACUUCUACGACAGCAUGAAGAAGAUCCGCCUGCGGCAGCAGCUGGAGAUGUAUUCCAUCGGUAAGCGCCCGGGAAAUUCGCCGGGUUGCGUGGGGAUGGUGUGA